AUGAUGAUGCGCCGUGUGAUGUGUGUGUUGGCCGUUGUGCUGUGCUGUGCCUGCGGGUAUACCAUGACGGCUGCUGCUGCUGUUGAUAAUGACAGUCCCAGUGGCCGUGGUGUAUCCCGUGGGGCUGUGGAGGUGUCGUGCGGGGCCGGCGGUGCGCUGCGUGUACGCCCCGCUGCUGAGAGCGAGUGGCUUACAUGCGGUGCGGGCAGCCGUGUGUCUGCAUGUGGGAAGUACGCAGACCUCUGCAGCCAGCGUACCACAAGAGCAGCAAGAACAAAAACAACCACUACUACUAGUACUGUUAAUGCUGGACAACCAAAGGCGGUGAUGGCUAUUUGGGGUAUGGGUAGUUGGGGGAAUGUAAAUCUUUCGGUUCCUACGUCACCGAAGCAAGAACCUGCGAGAGUGAACACCCAUUCCGGUACUGAUAACUCCGCCCUUAACUUGCCGCUGGUUACUGAGGAAAGAAAAGGUUCUCUCGUUUCCAAUGAAGUAGAGUCUCACUCCGUUACUGGGGAUGUAACUGUUUCUCCAUCGCAAGUUCAAGUUCAAGAACAACAGAAAGUAGUUAGGCAAACUGAAGAUGGACAAUCUUUGCAAGUUUCCCAACCAAAAGAACAAUCAUCAUCACUAUUAGGUGGUGGUGCUAAAGCAACGUCUGUCACAGAGGAUGAUAGUGUACAGCAUCCUGAGGUUACAACUGAAGGCUCACACGAAGCAGAGGCUGGUGCCACGGAAGGACACACAAAUGCAAAUCCUACUCUAACUACAUCCCCAUCUGGAGAGCAAGCAUCAAACCCGAGUCCACCACAAGAUCAGUCUGCAGAAAGUACAACUAGCAGUAAAGCUAAUGAUGAUACAUCACUCAACUCUUCACUACCAACUGAAACCACCUCCACUACUCCGGCUAGCCCCGAGAACACUACCACAGAAGCACCAACCACCACUCCAUCUCCUGUUCCUGUACCCAACGCAGAGAUCAGCAGUAACAUCACUUCCACUGUACUGAAUAACAAGACUAAUGUUGACAGCAGUGUCAAUCCUGUGUGGAUGCACACUGCAGCACCGCUACUGAUUAUGGCUGUGUGGUUCUCCGCUACCGUGUGCUGA